AAAAUGAUUUUUGCUGGUUAAGCGAUUACGUCAGUUUUCUUCUUUAAAAAUGAAGCACUUGUCCUUACCCGAACACAUUUCCAACAGAGCUAGCAACUCUAAGUACAACGAGCGAUUUUCAGAGAGCCUCUACCUGAACGACUCGUACAUCAACCGCCUUUCUUUAGAAGCUGAACUAAGUGGUCACAAGGGCUGUGUGAAUUGUCUGGAAUGGACGAGAGAUGGACUCCUGCUCGCAAGUGGCUCUGACGAUUUGACUGUUCGAAUAUGGUGCCCGCAGAGAAGGAAGCAAAUCAGCGAAAUUAGUACAGGGCACAGGUCGAACAUAUUCUCAGUUAAAUUCAUAGAAGAUACAAACAAUUCUUUGAUCGCCAGCUCAGCAGCAGAUGCACAAGUGCGAGUGCACAAUGUGGAGAAGGGAGACACAGUUAACACUUUUGCAUGUCACCGCUACAGAGUGAAACGGUUGUGCACUUCUAAAGUGAGUCCCUCUCUCAUUUGGAGUGCAGGUGAGGAUGGCACAGUUCGCAUGUUAGACCUCAGAGAAAAUCACACGUGCAGCUCCUCAAGAAGUUGCAAAAAUGUCUGCAUAAAUCUCAAUGGGGAGAACAUCAGCAAUGGCAACCAACCUUCAGAAGCAAAGUGUCUAGCAAUAUCGCCCAGUAGACCCUACAUAGCCGUAGGGAGCAGUGACGAGUAUGUCCGAUUAUUUGACAUGCGCAAGCUGCGAGUCUGUGGCGAAACAUUUGUGGCCGCUUUUGGUCCGAUGAGAGCAUAUGAUCCAUCGGCAUUUUACUGCGUACCCGGACACAUUGCAAACCAGGAUCUAGGCAUCUCCAAGAAAAACGGGCGGACCACAAGAAUGGGUUUCAGCUCAUUUAGGACAGUUAGUUCAACCUUUGUGACCUUUAACGAGAGUGGAAGUGAACUAUUAGUUAACCUAGGAAGUGAGCAGAUUUAUCUUUAUGAUAUGAUGACCUACAUGCAUUCGUUCAAAUAUUCUUUCCCAGAAACUAGAUAUAAGUUUCUUGAUACCGUGAAGAAAAUAUCUAAUAAAAAAGACGAGAACGAAUGCGACUCUCGCAAUGGCGAAUGUGCUGUAAGUGAUAUUGGUGCUACCUCAAUCUUGGCAAAUUUAACGUUGAAUGAUAAUACAAAAUGCACUACCAAAAUCAUUGACGAAUGGACUACCUUGAAAGAAAGAGCAAAUGAAUUCUUCAGAGAAGAAAAGUACAUGAAUGCAGUUAGCUGUUACAGCCGAUUGCUGCAGAUGACGAGCUACAAUGCGCAUAUAAUAUAUGCUAACAGAGCUCUAGCCUUAAUGAAGCGCAAGUGGUCGGGUGACGUUUAUGCCGCUCUGCUUGACCUGAGAAAGUCAAUCGAGUAUGACCCCCUUUAUGGCAAGGCACAUCUGAGGUUAAUCAAGUGCAUGCUAGAAUUCGAGUGGGUUGAAGAGGCCUACCAUUGGUCGCUAUUAUUGCAGAAACAUGUCGAUGCAAUGAAAUGCGACGAGUCAUUCACUCGGUUGCAUCAUGAGCUGAGCGAGUUAAGAGAAAAGCGAGACUACAAAGACUCCAAUCGAGGAAUGACAAACUCCGAAUCGAGCUCACCGAGUGGGCCAAGUGUACCUUCGGCUAGUCAUCACAUCACGCAACAGGAAUUGCUGCAGCAACAAAAAGCUAUGGACUUCAAAGGUAGAUUCUGUGGGCACUGCAAUGCUGCAACUGAUAUCAAGGAAGCAAAUUUUUUCGGAAAUGGAGAUGGACAGUACAUUGUUGCGGGAUCGGACGAUGGCUCAUUCUUCAUUUGGGACAAAUACACUACUAACUUGUUGCGUGUCAUGAUUGGAGAUGAGAGCAUAGUAAACUGUCUGCAACCCAACCCGAGAUUGUGCAUGUUGGCCACAUCAGGGAUAGAUGACACAAUCAAGCUGUGGAGUCCAGGUCGAACCAAUGUGGAGAAUCCGCACCUGAGAACAGACUUGACCUCUGUAGCUUCUUCCAAUCAGAAGAGACUUCACCAGGAUCCAAUCGAGACUUUCUUCAGUCUGAACUUCACGACGAUGAGCCACAGAUUCGCAUCGAGCGCACACUCGAGUGAUGACGAGGGCGCUGGCAGCACAGAUGAAGCAGCUGCACCCGACACUUGUAGGACCAGUUAGUUCUGGUCAAAACAAAAUUCUGAAUGUGCAUUUUGUAAAAUCCAACUAUAAAUUAUUACUUAGUUAGUGUCAAGUGUAAGAAAUAGUUUACUCCGAAACAUUAUUCAUUUUUCACAAUCAUCUAAAGGAAGUAGUGUCUGUAGAAAAUCUUUUCUGCUGUUUAUAUGAGGUGAAGUGUGUCAAAUUUUGGCGGUCAUUGGCUCAAAUAAUACCUC